GCGCGGUGGGGACCUGGUACGGAGCGGGCGGGUCUCGGGCUAGAGGGGCGCGCUACAGCGAUCCCGCGGAGUCUGCGCUCCUGAAGGAGUGACUCGGGGACCUGGGUGGGCCACUUUUCCCACCCCUGGUGGUUUUGAUUUUUGCCUUUUGGUUGGGGCCAGGUGUGGGCCACUGAGCAGAGACCUCCCGCAGAACCCGGGCGACCCUCCUGUCAGUGGGCGAGCAGCUCGCGGUCGCCGGGAACGCCGCGGUACCCCAAGCGCGCGGGCAGGGGGAGUGCAGCCGGCCGCGGGUAGGAGCCGGAGCGUGCCUGCCCGCUUCGCUCGCCGCGGCGGAUCCGCUCGCGCAGGGCGCAGAGCGCGCGCGAUGAAGGCAGUGAGCCCGGUGCGCCCCUCGGGCCGCAAGGCGCCGUCGGGCUGCGGCGGCGGGGAGCUGGCGCUGCGCUGCCUGGCCGAGCACGGCCACAACCUGGGCGGCUCCGCGGCGGCCGCGGCAGCGCGCUGCAAGGCGGCCGAGGCGGCGGCCGACGAGCCGGCGCUGUGCCUGCAGUGCGAUAUGAACGACUGCUACAGCCGCCUGCGGAGGCUGGUGCCCACCAUCCCGCCCAACAAAAAAGUCAGCAAAGUGGAGAUCCUGCAGCACGUUAUCGACUACAUCCUGGACCUGCAGCUCGCGCUGGAGACGCACCCGGCUCUGCUCAGACAGCCGCCUCCGCCCGCGCCUCCGCACCUCCCGGCGGGGACCUGUCCGGCCGCGCCACCGCGGACCCCGCUCACAGCGCUCAACACCGACCCGGCCGGUGCGGUGAACAAGCAGGGCGACAGCAUUCUGUGCCGCUGAGCCGCACGGUCCAGGUGUGCGGCCGCCUGAGCCCGAGCCAGGAGCUCUAGAGAGGGAGGGGGAAGAGCAGACGGUAGAGGAAAGCCACCGGAGGAAAGGAAAAAAAA